UUUAUAAUUAAUUCUAAUAAAAUAUUUUUUUUAUUUGUUUUAUUUUUUAGUACAUUAAUUUCUAUCUCUUCUAAUUCAUGAUUUGGUUGUUGAAUUGGCUUAGAAAUUAAUCUUCUUAGUUUUAUCCCCCUCAUUUCUAACUCUUCUAAUUUACUUUCAACUGAAGCUUCUUUAAAAUAUUUCUUAGUUCAAUCUAUUGCUUCUAUUAAUUUUUUAUUCACAAUCUUAAUAAAAUUAAUUUUAAUAAAAAAUUUUGAAAUAAAUUACUUUAUUUCUAUUAUAAUAAAUUCUUCUAUAUUAAUAAAAAUAGGAUCGGUUCCUUUUCAUUUCUGAUUUCCGAAUAUUGUUGAAGGAUUAUCUUGAUUUAAUAAUUUUAUUUUAAUAACCUGACAAAAAAUUACCCCUAUAAUUCUUUUAUCUUAUUAUUUUAAUAAAAAUUUUAUUAUUAAUAUUAUUAUUUUAAAUAUUAUUAUUGGAGCUAUUGGAGGUUUAAACCAAACUUCAUUACGAAAAAUUAUAGCUUUUUCUUCUAUUAAUAAUUUAGGAUGAAUAUUAACAUCUAUUAUAAUUAGAGAAAAUUUAUGAAUAUUUUAUUUAAUAUUAUAUUCUUUUUUAAUUAGUAUUAUAUGUUUUUUAUUUAAUAUUCUAAAUAUAUUUUUUAUUAAUCAAUUAUUUAUUAAUAAUAUAAAUUUUUUUAUUAAAAUUAAUUUAUUAAUUAAUUUUUUAUCUCUAGGGGGAUUACCUCCAUUCAUUGGAUUUUUUCCUAAAUGAAUUAUUAUUAACUUUUUAAUUAAUAAUAAUAUAUAUUUAAUAACUUUUAUUUUUAUUUUAAUAAGUUUAAUUAUAUUAUUUUUUUAUAUUCGAAUUAUUUAUUCUUCUUUUAUAUUUAAUUAUUUAAAAAUAAAAUGAUUUAAAAUUUUUAUUAAAAAUAGAUAUUUUUCAAUAAUUAAUUUUUUUUCUUUUAUUUCUUUAUCGGGAAUAAUUUUAAGAACUUUUUUUUUUUAUUAAGGUUUUAAGUUAAAAUAAACUAAUAAUCUUCAAAAUUAUUUAUAAAGAAAUUUCUUUAAGCCUUAAUAGAAUUUUCUAUUCCUUGAAAUUUGCAAUUUCAUAUCAUUCUUGAAUAUAAAACUUUAAUAAAAGAGAAUAUUCUCGUAAAUAAAUUUACAAUUUAUCGCUUAAAUCUCAGCCAUUUUAUUUUAUAAGCGAAAAUGACUUUACUCAACAAAUCAUAAAGAUAUUGGAACUUUAUAUUUUAUUUUUGGAAUUUGAGCUGGAAUAGUAGGAACAUCAUUAAGAUUACUAAUUCGAGCUGAAUUAGGUACCCCUGGAUCUUUAAUUGGAGAUGAUCAAAUUUAUAAUACUAUUGUAACCGCUCAUGCAUUUAUUAUAAUUUUUUUUAUAGUAAUACCUAUUAUAAUUGGAGGAUUUGGAAAUUGAUUAGUACCCCUUAUAUUAGGAGCUCCUGAUAUAGCUUUUCCUCGAAUAAAUAAUAUAAGUUUUUGACUUCUUCCCCCAUCACUAACUUUAUUAAUUUCUAGAAGAAUUGUAGAAAAUGGAGCAGGAACUGGUUGAACAGUUUACCCCCCUCUUUCAUCUAAUAUUGCCCAUGGAGGAAGUUCUGUAGAUUUAGCUAUCUUUUCAUUACAUUUAGCUGGAAUUUCUUCAAUUUUAGGGGCAAUUAAUUUUAUUACUACAAUUAUUAAUAUACGAUUAAAUAAUUUAUCUUUUGAUCAAAUACCUUUAUUUAUUUGAGCUGUAGGUAUUACAGCUUUUCUUUUAUUAUUAUCUCUACCUGUUUUAGCUGGGGCAAUUACUAUACUUUUAACUGAUCGUAAUUUAAAUACUUCUUUUUUUGAUCCUGCAGGAGGAGGAGAUCCUAUUUUAUAUCAACAUUUAUUUUGAUUUUUUGGUCACCCUGAAGUUUAUAUUUUAAUUUUACCAGGAUUUGGGAUAAUUUCCCAUAUUAUUUCCC